AUGAAGAACCUGCUUUUAGAUCUUGACUCAACACGCCAACCAGAACGUCCACCGAAGCUCAAACGAACAGCUUCUUGCUCUUCCAUCGCUCCACAAACACCCUCGAAACAUGCGGGCAGCCGUCCUAGCUCUAACAGUAAUAACCUCGACAUUUCCAUGCUUCUCGAUGGCGCAGAAAAUUGGGACUGGAAUGAUAUGGAAGUAGAUUUUCUUACACCAAAGAAAUCUAAUGCUCCGCAGACGGUAGCAAUGCCUGCGAAGCGACACGCCAAAGAGACGUGCACUCGAUGCGUGGUUGAUGACGUUCGAGAUGACAGGUCGGAAAUGAUUCAAAAGGUUCUCUCUGUGCGUGUCCAGCCAAGUAGAGAUUCCCGAACAGUGAUUCUCUGCGACGACUGGGUAGACACAGAUAUUCGCAAAGGAAAUAUCAUCAACGUCCUUGGCAAUUUUGAUUCCUUUGGAAUAAUUAAGAUAACGUCCAAAGUCAAUUUUCUGAUUAAUCAUCCAGACCUCUUGAUCACGGCUACUGCGCUUUCUAACGCGCCACAGUGCAGGCGCAAACCACUUCUCUCCGCGCUUGUCCGUUCGAGCUUGGAUGUCACCCCAUCGCUCAUAUGGGGUAACAUGGUUCACGAGGUUAUGCAAAUAUGCAUGGCUGAACAACGAUGGGAGGACCGUUUCAUUGAAGGACACACCGAGGAGAUCAUCAAGAAGAAUCUUGCGGGGCUUGUUAAGAUCAACGUUGGCGUCGACGAAGCAAAACGUGAAGUCAAGGCCCGUUCAAAAGGUCUUCGAGUGUUCUCUGAACGCUACAUUGCUGAGACGCCAAAGGCUGAUGCAGUUCUCACCAACACCCGCGCGGCAGCGAAUCAAAGCUCCCUUCUUGCUAUAUCCCAACUCCAUGAUGUGGAAGAAGACAUUUGGUCUCCAACCUAUGGACUUAAAGGCAAGGUCGAUGCCACCGUCCAGGCGGUCAUUGCUGAGAGCACGAUCGUCAAGCAUGUUAAGAAGGGAUCUUUGCUGAGCACACACAUAAUGCCAUUUGAGAUUAAGACUGGUAAAACUGUAGCAGGGAUGGAACAUCGCGCUCAGACCAUGCUUUACACCCUUCUGAUAGCAGAACGGUACGGGGUAGAUGUUCCGAGUGGGCUCCUGUACUACACCCAGAGCGAGGAGGUGGUCCGUGUUCCGCAAAGCCGCAACGAGCUUCGAGCACUGAUAGGUGCAAGGAACGAAAUGGCAUCAUAUAUUAUGCGCAGGAAUACAUAUGGAAAGGAAAAGGAGCUCGAAGAGCCUUUUCUGCCUCCUACGAUUGACGACGAAAGACUGUGCAAGAAGUGCUAUGCGUUGGACACUUGUAUGCUAUUUCGCAAGGCUGUUGAGAACGUCGUUGAUACGUCUUCACCGAUUGCAGACGUGUACGACCUCAAAACCUCACAUUUGAAGCCUUCCCAUCUUACGUUUUUUAAACAAUGGGAGGAGCUCAUUUCGCUUGAAGAACAAGAUGCCACUCGGUUCAGAAAAGAGCUAUGGUGCAUGUCCGCUCAAGAACGCGAGGACAAAGGCAGAUGUUUCAACUCGAUGGUCAUAGACACAUCUUUCCAGCCGGGAAAGGUUCCCAACAGUGGCAAGAUUCACCAGUAUACUUAUUGCUUCGUUCGUGCUUUUGCUGCUCAUGGCGUUUCAUUCUUGAACGGGCACAUGGGCCGUGGAGAUGCUAUCACAAUCUCCGUUGAGCCUGAUCUUCUUGCUCUUGCGCGAGGGUUCAUUGUGGAGCUAACACCAGAGACCGUGGUCGUCGGUGUAGAUCAUGAGUUGAGUGUAGACAAGAUAGAAGCCAGACUGGAGACGCUCCGAGGAGCAAGGACAGCUGUACUCUUCCGAAUUGACAAGGACGAGCUAUCAGGCGGCAUGGCGCGGAUCAGAGAUAAUUUAGCCCAACUAUUCUACUCGGAGGGAGAUCCCAGGCGUCUAGAGCUUGUGGUGGACCUGCGACGUCCUUCAUUCGAUGACGAAGAGACCAUCGCUGAUGGCCUGCAACAUGUUCCGGAGUAUGUCCUCGCAAGCUCGGGUAUGAACCCUAGUCAACUUGCUGCGAUGAAGCGGGCCUUGAGCGCACACGAUUACGCGCUCAUUCUUGGUAUGCCUGGCACGGGCAAAACAACCGUAAUUGUUGCGCUCAUCCGGACUAUCGUGGCCAUGGGGAAGACAGUCCUUUUGACGUCAUACACUCACUCGGCUGUUGACACGAUAUUGCUCAAGCUACAGGAUGUAGACUUCGGUAUUUUAAGAAUUGGCAACGUGGAUAGGGUGCAUCCUGGCGUUCGCAGAUUUACGCUUUCUGAACGUAGGUUGCCUACAACAGUCGAGGAAUUGGAGAACCAGGUCAUUUCACCACCAGUUGUUGCUACUACAUGCUUGUCAAUUGAUCAGUACGUCCGCAAUCCUGCUGCGCGGAAAGGCGGCCUGGAAACGUCUCUCUUCCGUCGCCUCUCUGAAGCGCACCCACACGCGGUGGUCGAUCUCACAUAUCAAUAUCGCAUGAACGAAGACAUUAUGCAGCUAUCGAAUAAGCUCAUAUACGGAGAUCGUCUGCGAUGUGGAUCAGAGGAAGUGGCCAAGCGCACUCUCGUUCUUCCUAACGAGUUUAUGACUGGCAAACUAGAUCCGGGAAUGUGCCUGUGCGAGGAAUCUUGCUGGUUGCGGUAUCUAUUAUUAGAGAGCUCCAAAGUCAUAUUCGUUGACACAGACCACUUGCCUGCCCGUGAUUCAAGGAUUGGGGACCUCGUCCAAAAUGAUGUCGAGGCCAAGCUCGUGUACCAGAUUACCGAGGCAUUCUUAAGAUCGGGAGUCCAGGAGGACCAGAUCGGAAUCAUGUCUCUUUAUCGCCAGCAGAUAAAGCUUCUGUCACACCUUCUCCAAGACAGGAAGGAUAUAGAGAUUCUCACAGCUGACAGAAGUCAGGGACGUGAUAAGGACUGUAUUAUAAUUUCGAUGGUUAGAUCCAACGACCAGGGGCAGAUUGGAGACUUGCUUAAGGAUUGGCGGCGAGUCAACGUGUCGUUCACACGUGCGCGGUCGAAGUUGAUCAUCAUCGGCUCCCGAAAGACCUUGAACUCAACUGAACUUUUGUCGGUGUUCUUAGCGCUCAUGGAAGAGCGGGGCUGGAUAUUGACGCUGCCUGCCAAUGCGGAUGUCAAGCACCCGGCGUUCCAAAGCGAACGGUGUGGUAUUCGCAGUCCUGCGAAGCGAAGUAAGGAGAAUGGGUCAGCGGCUAGUAUCAACGAACCGCUAUCGAAGAAACCGAGAACUCCGAGAGUCGAAGAGGGGAUCCUCAAGGGCCGGCCUAUCUUGCAGGACGUCGUCAACGGUGGGAAGUAA